AUGAAUAAUUCUGACAUUCGAAGCUUUUUCGGCGGUGGAAAUAAGCAAAAAAAACAACCCGCAGCUCCCCAAAACGAUUCUUCAAGCGCAAACCAUUCACAAAAGAAGAAACGUGUUGUUGUUUCUGACGAUGAGUCUACAGACGUUGAUUCUCGUCCGGCUUCCAAUGGUUCCGCAAAGGAAAAUAGUCCAUCAACUCAAAAAAGACAAAAAGUAAAUGCUGCUCCGUCAGCAACUGAACCUGAGACCACAGUUGAUAAAAAGCCUGAUAUUCCUAUAGAGGAUUCUUCUGACGUUCUUGCUAAUGAUCGCCCAAUUUCGUCGCCAGUCGUAUCUGUACCAAGAACUUCCUCGCGAGUGGGUAAGACUUCCUCUCCACACUUGGAAUCUUCGAAAGAGGUAAAAGAAGAAGAAAAUGAGCUUCCUUCAGCUCCUGCAACUAAACGAACCCGUCGCGCCCUUCCUCCUAGCAUUUCAGAAACGCCAGAAGUCCCAGAACCCGCGGCUCCUCCUGUCCCGAAGAAGUCAAAUGUAAAGCUUAAAAAUCUUCCUAGGUUUUCUCCUGAGGCUACAAAGAUUAUGCAGUCUGUGCCUCUGAUUGAUAUCGAUUCCAUUGGUGUUAUGGCUCCUGGUGGUUUUUAUGAUCGUGCCGACACUACACAAGCCCCAGGAUCAAAGGCUAUUCCUACAGGAAAUGAUAAUUGUCUUUCAGGUCUAAGCUUCGUAAUUACAGGCAUUCUAGAAACUUUGACCCGUCAAGAAGCAACCGAUAUAGUAAAACAAUACGGUGGAAAAGUGACCGGUUCGCCUUCGAAUAAGACAGACUUUAUUCUUUUGGGCGAGAAUGCCGGUCCCCGUAAAGUCGAAACGAUAAAACAUCAUAAAAUUCCAGCGAUAAAUGAGGAUGGUCUUUUUUAUUUACUCAAGACUCUUCCCCCAUUAGGUGGCUCUGGAGCAGCCGCUCAAGCUGCUCAAGUAAAGCGUGAACAAGAAGACGUGAAAAUUCGUGAAACUGCAGCCAGGCUUGCUCCAGAUACCGCUGCUCAAAAAGUACAGCCUACUAAUCAGUUAUGGACGACAAAGUACGCUCCUACCUCUUUGAAGGACAUAUGUGGUAAUAAAGGUGUAGUGCUCAAGUUGCAAAAAUGGUUACAGGACUGGCCCAAGAACUUGAAAUCUAAUUUUCGUAAGCCGGGUCCUGAUGGUUUAGGUUUAUACAAAGCUGUGUUGUUAUCAGGACCUCCAGGAAUUGGUAAAACUACUGCAGCACAUUUAGUAGCUAAUCUGGAAGGAUUCGAUAUUUUGGAAUUUAAUGCUAGUGAUACCCGAAGUAAGCGUCUACUAGAUGAGCAAUUACAAGGAGUGACUGAUAGCCAUUCCCUGGCUGGUUAUUUUUCCUCCGCGUAUGUGCCAGUUGAUCAAUCCAAAUCGCGCUUGGUUUUAAUCAUGGACGAAAUUGAUGGCAUGUCUUCUGGUGAUCGUGGUGGUGUGGGCCAACUGAAUGUCCUUAUAAAAAAUACCAAGGUUCCUAUUAUUUGUGUGUGCAAUGAUAGAUCACAUCCAAAAUUAAAACCUCUUGAUCGGACGACUUUUGAUUUGCGUUUUCGACGUCCCGAUGCUAAUUCGCUGCGUUCCAGAGUCAUGUCGAUAGCAUAUCGUGAGGGAUUGAAGCUUUCACCUCAAGCGGUGGAUAUGCUUGUUCAGGGGACGUCGUCUGAUAUGCGUCAAAUUGUCAAUUUGCUUUCCACUUGGAGGUUAGGAAGUAAGGAAAUGAACGUUCAAAAUAGUCAGUCAGCUGUAAAGCAAGCUGAAAAACACAUUGUGAUGAAGCCUUGGGAUAUCUGCAGUCGAUAUUUGCAUGGCGGAUUAUAUCAUCCUUCAAGUAAAGCUACGAUUAAUGAUAAAUUGGAAUUGUACUUUAAUGAUCAUGAAAUUUCUUAUUUAAUGGUACAAGAAAAUUAUCUCAGUACAACCCCUGAUCGAACUCGGCAAGAGCCACCGAAAAUGGCAAACUUGAAGCAUUUGGAAUUGAUCUCCAAAGCCGCUGAAUCUUUUUCUGAUUCCGAUCUUGUCGAUAGCAUGAUCCAUGGCCCGCAACAGCACUGGUCAUUGAUGCCAACACAUGCUUUGUUAUCGUGUGUAAGACCAGCAUCAUUCGUUGCUGGAUCUGGAUCCAGACAGAUUAAAUUUACCUCUUGGUUAGGAAAUAAUUCCAAAACGAACAAGCUUAACAGAGUGCUUCGUGAAAUUCAGCUUCAUAUGCGUCUAAAGGUGUCUGCCAAUUCUUUGGAAGUUCGACAACAUUAUAUUCCAAUAUUGUAUGAGUCAUUAGCAAUGCGCUUAUCUAGAGACCAAGGAGAAGCAAUUCCUGAUAUUAUUCAACUAAUGGAUGAAUACUUCUUGAACCGUGAUGAUUUUGACGCAAUUAUGGAAGUUGUCUUGCCCGCCGAUGUCGGUGAGCAAUUGAUGAAAGGAGUACCUACAACUGUCAAGUCUGCAUUUACGAGAAAGUAUAACUCUUCGAAUCAUCCAGUUGCUUUUAUCGGUUCAAGCGAUGUUCUUCCCACGAAAGGUUCACGCGCUCCAGAAGUGCCAGAUGUGGAAGAUGCUCUUGAAGCUGAGGAUGAAGUUGUCGAAGCUGAAAGUGAAAAAGAAGAAGACGAUACGGAUUUGAGUAAGGACAAAUUUAUUUCUGUCCCCAAAAAACCGGCGAAAACAACAAGGAAGCCCAAGGCAGAUGCAGGAUCAUCUACCUCGGCGCCCAGUCGUCGAGGCAGAAAGAAAACAACAUAA